AUGUCGAGACCAGAACGAAGCCCGGCCCCCUUGUCCUCAGGCGACAUUCCCUCCUCCUUCGACGACAACCCAGAGUUCUUCGAGGAAGGACGUGCGGGCAAACUCUGGCGUAAAAUUCGACAAGAGCCACUAAUCCCACUUGGUAUCCUCGCAACAUGUUAUGCCCUUUAUCAAGCCUCGCGGUCAAUCCGGAAAGGCAACAGCACUCAGACAAACAAGAUGUUUCGUGCUCGUAUUUACGCCCAAGGCUUCACCCUUGUCGCCGUCGUGGCUGGAUCUAUCUUUUACGAGGAUGAACGGUUGAAGAGAAGGACCUUUGAAAAGGCGCUGGAGGCAAAGAAAGCACUUGAAAAGAGGGAGAGGUGGAUCGCCGAGCUGGAGGCUCGAGAUGCAGAUGAUAGGGCUUGGAGAGCAAAGAUCGAGCAGGAGAGUGGUGAGGCUGCUGAACGUGCUGAGAGGGCAGCACAGACAGCGCGGAUCGCCAGAAGUGCUGUUGAGGACAAGUUCUCGAGUAAGAGUGUAAGAGAGGAGGUCACAAGGCACGGGUGGGGUCCUGGUAUGUGGUUAAAUAGGACGACUGAGGCCUGGAGAAGAGCAUAA